GAUCUAGAUUUAGAUCUAGAAUCUAAUAUCUAGAUCUAGAUCAUAACACACAGUUGCUUCAAUGUUAGGCUGGUACAGUUAGUACAGACAGGCUUAGAUUCUGCCUUCUGGUGUGCUUUCACUUUCACCAUGAUGGUGAUAGUAUUGAUGAUAGACCAACCAGUGUAGCGUUCACCGUGAACAAACGUUCCAGCGCUCUCACUCUUGUGUUGAAAGCGGGCAAUUUUAUCUAAGUAACCUUGCUCUUGACUUCAUUUGAGAUUGCUUCAGUUUCCUUUACUCCAAGACAAUGAGUUUGUUUGGAGGAGGAAACACUUUUGGCCAGUCCUCAGUGUUUGGGGCAUCUACAACCACCACAAAUUCCAAUCCGAUGAAAGAUUUUGAGGUGAGCUCCCCUCCUGAUGACAGUGUGAGCUGCUUAAAGUUCAGCCCGGGGACUCUUCCUUCGACCUUCCUGGUUGCUGGCAGCUGGGACAAUAAUGUGCGAUGCUGGGAAGUGCAGCAAAACGGUCAGACAAUACCAAAGGCACAGCAAACGCACACAGGACCUGUACUGGACGUAGACUGGAGUGAUGAUGGCACAAAGGUGUUCACAGCUUCCUGUGAUAAGACAGCUAAAAUGUGGGACCUCAACAGUAACCAGGCAAUGCAGGUUGCCCAGCAUGAUGCCCCCGUGAAGACAGUGCACUGGAUCAAAGCCCCGUCUUACAGCUGUAUCAUGACUGGCAGCUGGGACAAGACACUCAAGUUCUGGGACACUCGUUCCUCCACUCCCAUUCUGAGCAUUCAGUUACCAGAGAGAGUGUACUGUGCUGAUGUGAAAUACCCAAUGGCAGUUGUUGGCAUUGCAGGCAGGGCCCUCAUCAUAUACCAGCUUGAUGUACAGCCACAGGAAUUUAAGAGGAUGGAGUCUCCACUUAAAUAUCAGCACCGCUGUGUCAACAUCUUCAACGACAAAAAGACCAACGUCCCCACUGGCUUUGCCCUGGGUAGCAUUGAGGGCAGAGUGGCAAUACAGUAUGUGAACCCCACCAAUCCUAAGGACAAUUUCACUUUCAAAUGUCACAGAUCAAAUGUUGCACCCAAUGGAGGAGUUCAGGACAUCUACGCUGUAAAUGACAUUUCCUUCCACCCUGUCCAUGGCACUUUGGCAACUGUGGGUUCAGACGGACGGUUCAGCUUCUGGGACAAGGAUGCCAGAACAAAACUGAAGACCUCCGAACAGUUUGACCUUCCCAUCACCACUUGCUGUUUCAAUGCCCAGGGAAACAUCUUUGGCUACGCAUCAAGCUAUGACUGGUCAAAGGGCCAUGAAGGCUAUGAACCUCAAAAGAUGAAGCCUCACAUUUUCAUGCGAUCGUGUUUUGAUGAGCUAAAGCCAAGCACCAAGAGGAACUGAUGUCCCCCUUUGUUUUAUUUGUUUUGUUGUACAUCAUGUCUUGUUUUGUCCUUUGUGCAUUUUUUUGUCCCUGUUGGGAUGGAAGGAGGGGGUUUGUAUGGGAGAAUAGAAAAACAAUUUUUCACAAGUGUAAAGUGUUGUUUUAAACAUAUUUCCAACUUUGAUUUUAGUUGUUCCAUAAUUGCGACGUCUGUGAACCUCUGUUGUAAAGGUCUGAAAAGGUUGCUUUUUGUCCUAAAGUUUAAUGGAGAUUUGUUGUGGGGGGUUUUUGGUACCAUCUGUGACAGUUUAUGUAAUGUCUUUUUUCAGAUUUGAUUUAGUCAAUGAUUUAGUUAAUGUAAUUUAUUCAACUACGUCUAAGUUGAACCUUGAAGGAUAAGUUGUGCAGGCUGAAGAUGAAGAGUCUGGUGUUCGGAAAAACUGAAUAGCAUAUUUAACAAUUUUGUUUGACAAUUUGCAUGUUCAGCCCUGAUACCAUCAACGUGUCUAAGAAAGGAUUUAACUUAUUCUGCCAAGGCAUAUUGAUUUUGUGCUGUUUUUGUUUGGGAAUCAAUGCAAACAAAGCAUGAGACCAUUGCAAAGGGAUUUUAGGGGGGGGGGGGGGGGGUUAGAAUUGGAUAUGAACUAGUUAACUGUACAAUCGUUUAUAUUUUUCUCUCCCUUUUUAUGUAAAGCUUUUGUUGCUGUUGAAUAAAGCUUACGCCAUAGGUUUGUACCCUGCU